AUGGGUUGCAUGAGUUCAAAGCCUAUUAAUGCAGAUGAUAAGGAGGCAGUCCAACAAAAUGCUAGAAUCGACAAGGCUUUGAAGAAUGACAAGAAAGUGAUGGAUCGGACAAUCAAAAUCCUUCUGCUUGGUGCUGGCGAGUCGGGAAAAUCAACUAUUAUAAAGCAAAUGCGCAUUAUCCACUCUGGAGGCUUCCCCGAGGAUGAGCGCCGACAAACACGUGCAGUAAUAUAUUCCAAUAUUGUCAUUGCAUUUAAGGUCUUGUUGGAGAUUAUGCGUGCAGAGAAUAUUGAAUUUCAGUAUGGUAGCACGAAGCCGUUGGCGGGACUUAUCGAUAAUCUAGAGCCUGAUGUGGGAUCCGACGAGUCUUUCGCAGAUCUUAAGGUCCGUGAUGCCAUGAGGGAUAUGUGGGAUGAUAGCGGUGUUCAAAAAGCUGUUGCCCGAGGGCAUGAAUUUGCCCUUCAUGAUAACCUUCAUUACUUCUUCAACUCUCUCGAUCGGAUAUUUGCAAGUGACUGGCUUCCUGACAAUCAAGACAUGCUGCAAGCCCGCUUGCGGACCACAGGAAUCACGGAAACUCUGUUUGAACUCGGCCAAAUGAAUUUUCGCAUGAUGGAUGUAGGUGGACAACGAUCUGAGCGGAAAAAGUGGAUUCACUGCUUUGAGGGUGUCCAAUGUCUCCUUUUCAUGGUCGCUUUAUCUGGGUACGACCAAUGUCUUGUUGAAGACCAGAAUGCGAACCAAAUGCAUGAGGCGAUGAUGCUUUUCGAGUCAUUAGUGAAUGGCGAGUGGUUCAAGCGAAAGCCGAUUAUAUUGUUUUUGAACAAGAUUGAUCUCUUCAAGGGAAAGCUCGGAAUUUCACCGGUUUCCAAGCAUUUCCCGGAUUUCAACGGCUCUAAUUCCGAUUUCGACGCGGCGGCCAGGUAUUUUGCUGAUAGGUUCCGCGGCAUUAACCGAAUUCCCGAUCGAGAGAUUUAUAUCCACUACACGAAUGCCACCGAUACAACGUUGCUCAAGGCAACCAUGGACUCGGUACAGGACAUGAUCAUCCAGAAAAACCUCCAUACCCUCAUCUUAUAG